GACUCCGGCCGGGGGGCGGGGCCUGCCAGCGAGGCUGGCCGGGAGGGUGGCUCGGAGCUGGGUCAGUCGCGCUCCGGAGUCGGUGGGUCACAUGGAGACGGAGCGGAGCGGGCCCUGAGCCGAGCCGAACCGAACCGACUCGGGCCAUGGCGCCUCCUCUCAAAGGGAAGAGAAAGCGGUCGGAGGGCAGCGAGCCCAUGGAGCAGCCGGCGUCCCCAAAGGCUGACAGUGAGGAGAGUCAGGGCUCCACAGAGCCUGUGGAGUCCCCAGAAGCAGGCGGGGAGCGGGAGCAGGAGCAGGCCUUCCUGGUCAGCCUCUACAAGUUCAUGAAGGAGCGACACACGCCCAUCGAGAGGGUGCCCCACCUUGGCUUCAAGCAGAUUAACCUGUGGAAGAUCUACAAGGCUGUGGAGAAACUUGGAGCCUAUGAGUUGGUGACUGGGCGCCGCCUCUGGAAGAAUGUCUAUGAUGAAUUGGGCGGAAGCCCCGGCAGUACCAGCGCAGCGACUUGUACCCGUCGGCACUACGAGAGGCUGGUCCUUCCCUAUGUUCGGCACUUGAAGGGAGAAGAUGACAAGCCACUGCCCCCCACCAAACCUCGGAAACAGUACAAGGUCUCCAAGGAGCCCAAGGGGGACGAGGCUGUGGCGGAGAAGCCAAAGCGAGCCAAGGAGGAGAGGGGCCAGAUCACAGCGGAUAAAACAAAACCGGAAACAACCUCUUCAGCGCGACUUCCCGGCCAGGAGGAGCCCGAGAGCAGUGCCAGGCCCUCUGGUCCUUCCCUGGGGAUGGCUGCCCUGCCCUUCCCGGGAGGACCGGAGGCCGCUGGGGGCUGUGCCGAGGCGUACAAACGCCUUCUGUCCAGCUUCUACUGCAAAGGAACUCACGGCAUCAUGUCCCCCUUGGCCAAGAAGAAGCUCCUGGCCCAGGUGAGCAAGGCCGAGGCCCUACAGUGCCAUGAUGAGUCCUGCGACCACCGGCUGAGCGCUGCCGAAGUGGGUCCCACACGACCCUCGGUCAUCUACCCGACAGAAGGGCCCAAGAGCCCCGGCCUUCCAGAGGAGAACCCCCGGGAACCUCCCUGCCUGCUCCACCGGCUGGCCAGCCCCGAAGAACCCCUGAAAGCCGCUCACAGUCCCAAGGAGGAGCUUCAGCCGGGAGGCAGUGACAGAGGCCCGGCCCAGCCCCAUCUUUCCACCCCCAUCUUCACUGGCUGCUUCCAUGCUUACCCUGCAGAAGUGCUGAAGCCAGUGAGCCGGCAUCCACAUGACUUCUUUCCCAGUUCUAAGGAGGAGGCCGAAGCCGGUUCCCCCUUCAGGCCCCCUGGGAAAGAUGGGGGUAAGCUCGAGGGCCAGCCGCAGCUCUUGUGGGGUGGGGAUGCCAAUCACCCCUCAGCAUUCCACAAAGGCGGGGCGGGGAAGAACAGCCCUUACCCCAGGCCCAAAGCCUGCUGGGUGCCCCCCAUGGCUAAAGCCGCUCCUAAGGGGCCUUCCACACCCCCCACUUUUCCCAGCAGCCCAAGCCCUGGGGCCGGCUCCAGCUCCCGCAGCAAGCGGAGCUUAGAGGAAGAAAGCUUUGCUCUCGGCAAAAAGCUGAGGGCUGUGUCUCCCUUCCUCAAGGAGGCAGAGCCCAAAGACUCUGGAGUGAAGCCUCCUGGGCACAACCUGGGCUUCCCACACCUGUUGGGCCCAGCCCUUGGGCCUCCACCCCAGGAGGCCUACAAGGGGACCAUGGUGCGUUUUCCCCUCAACUUCGCCAAUAUGUCUGACCCCCUGAAAGGCCAAGCCUCCCUCCCCUUUAGUCCUCUGGUGAUCCCCGCUUUCCCUGCCCAUUUCCUCACCACCUCGAGCCCGUCCCCCAUGGCAGCGGGCCUGGUGCACUACCCUCCCACAUCCUUCGAUGGGUCUCUCCGCCACAGACUCUACCCGGUCUCCACUUGGCACAUGCAGCCGACAUACCCGGCCCCUCACCUCUCUUCCUUCCACCUCAACACCAAGCUGUAGGCAGGGCUUGUGCAUGAGCGGCCCUCCCGGUUCCCUCCUCUCCGUACGGCAUUAGAGCACUCCCAGAUGUAGGCGGGCCUCCCGGCUUCCCAGGCCAGGGCAGCCGUGCUGCACUUCACUCUAAAAAUGUAUCUCCACCCCAGGCUGAGUCUGUAUAUGAGGUGGAUUGUUUAACAAAAAAGCAAAAAAUGGGUUACUCUCUCUGAGAGGACUCGUGGGGCCGUGGGCCCUAAAUCAGAGACCAGCAACUGCAAAACUGGCUGGGCUGGGCUGGGCCCGCACACAGGUGUGGGCCGGGCCAUCGAGCCCCCUUCUGCACCAGAGGGACAAGAGAAACGAGGCGUUUGAGUUGGUCAUGACCAUCAUGACCCAUUUAAGGCACUGAACAAGGAGGGUCUGAGACUGGAAUCCCACUGGCAUGAGGGGGCAUUGGCUUGAACCAUCUGCAUUAAAACAAUACAAAAACCCAAUAAAGACACCUCUGCUUGCUCUCAA